CAGGUACAUGUCCAGUACCAGUAGGCCGGCGCAGAAAAAUGAUGGAAACUACACGGAGAGAGGUGGUGGUGGAUGUGUGGAGGGGAGACUAAUCCUGAAGUGCACUCAAAGAAACAUGCUGGCUUUGCAUUCAUGCCCCUAAAACCUUCACUCUCACAGCUCCUAUAGGCAGCAUCCACUGCAGGUCCUUUUCGUUCCUCUUUUCUCUUCUAUCUUCUUCCAUUCCCAACCUAGAUUACACUACGCGCAUAAAUCCAUGCCAUCAAGUGCUUGCAAUCAGCCUAGAUUACAAUUGAACUCUGUCCUCAGAAAAUGGACCCAGGACAUGAUUGCAGUGCACUAAUAGUAGAUAGAGAGACAGAUUUGGUGUGGGCUAUAUAGCCAUCUAGAGCUAGACUACAAUAUAAAUAGCAGUUCAUAGGAGCGUGCGCGUCCGUGUGCUCUGCUCUGCUUGAUGUCAAGCGUCUGUGGUCACCUCUCAUUCCAUUUCGAAGACAUCAAGCUAGCUUGCUACCAGGCAGGAAGGUAGAUGCUAGCAAUGGACCAGCACAACCAUCAGGAGGAGUCGUGUGUCCCGCCGGGGUUCAGGUUCCACCCCACUGAGGAGGAGCUGGUGGGGUACUACCUCGCCAGGAAGGUGGCUGCCCAAAAGAUCGACCUCGACAUCAUCCAGGAGGUUGAUCUCUACCGGAUCGAGCCAUGGGACCUCCAAGAGAGGUGCGGCGGCGGCAGGGGAGGACGGGGAGCGCGUCAGGUGGCGGCGGAGGACGAGCAGUCGUCGGAGUGGUACUUCUUUAGCUUCAAGGAUCGCAAGUACCCCAGCGGCACGCGCACCAACCGCGCCACGGCGGCCGGGUUCUGGAAGGCCACCGGCAGGGACAAACCCGUGACAUCGUCCAGCAGCCGAGGGGUCAUCGGCAUGAGGAAGACGCUGGUGUUCUACAGGGGCCGUGCACCCAACGGUAGGAAGACUGACUGGAUCAUCCACGAGUAUCGCCUGCAGACCAGCGAGCACGCGCCCACCCAGGAGGAAGGCUGGGUGGUGUGCCGGGCGUUCCAGAAGCCAACCCCGAACCAGAGGCCGUCGUACAUCUUCCCGGCAUACGCCGCCGCUCCGGGCCUCGGGGGCUACUACGAGGCGCGGCCAUGGCUGCACGGCCAAGGCGGCGACCUCCAUUACCUGCAAAGCGCCACAUGCGCUGCCGGAGCCGGCGGCCUCGGCUUCCCCGGCCAGGGCAUCCAGUACUCUGACGACCUGCUGGAGUCCAAGCAGAGUCUCUUCGGCAACAUCCCGCAGCUCAUCGAGAGCCCACCGACGACCACCGCCGUUGCUGGUGGCGGCGACGCGGGCUAUGAUGUCGUGCAGCAGGGACAGGCAGCGGCCGGCAUCGACUGGAACUUCCUGGACAGCCUGCUAUCCACGUCGCAGCUGCACCUACAGCAGUGAAGUAGAGUUAGCAGACAUACCGAAGCAGCAUCGAUUUCAUUGUAUACAUGAUUUUCUAAUAAUUAGUACUAUCAUUGAGUACAGAUAGUAGAUGAUGUCCAUGCGCAUCUGUUGCACUGGACACUUGUACCUAGAUAGACUACUCUGUUCCACUUACCGAGUCCAUGUGUUUUACUGUAGGCCACUCUGUUCCACUUACUGAAUAUAUGUGUUUCACUGUA